CUCGAGUCAGGUGUGGAAAAACAGUCUAUGAGCUGAAAACAGUCUCCACGGCUUGUUCUGUAUGAUACAUACGUUGUUCUUCCCUACAACAUGUUAAGUUCAAGUUUCUCUCUCAGGAUAUUUCGGAAUUUUAGGUGAAAUUCAUUCAGACAUGUAAAAACACCGGGACAUGGCACGUGUAUGUUGGAACGUAGCAAUAUUUACUUUUUCGGUGAAUCACGCUAUUGAGAGUUAGUUCCCUUUGUAACAAUGGUGAAGGAUCAAGAUUUAAUUCAAGCUGUAAAGGAUAGAAAUAUUCCAGUUUUACAAAAGUUACUGACCAAAACAGGGAAAUCUAAUAAAAAGUUAAUAGGAAGCAGUAAAAGAAUUAACAUCAACUACCAAGAUGGAGAUGGAAUGUCAGCUCUGCACCAGGCCUCCUUAAUGGGGAAUGUCGAAAUGAUGCAAAUGUUACUGGAGUGUCAUGCCGACGUCAGUAUCCAUGACAACAAAGGUAUGUUAGCCCUCCACUAUGCCGCCUGGCAGGGAUUGUCUGAUCCCGUCCACACCCUCCUCCAGUGGAAAUCCCCAGUCAACGAGGUCUCUCAGGACGGGAACACCCCCCUACAUCUGGCCUGUCAGCACGGACAUUUUGAUGUGGUGAAUCUUUUGGUGCUUCAUAACUCCUCCCCCACAAUGCAGAAUAAGGACAAGAAAACUCCGCUAGACCUUGCCUGUGAAUUCGGAAGAUACAGAGUUGUAGAUUUGUUACUCAGGAGUAACCUGUGUGCCUCUUUGUUGAUGGAUAGUCCUGAUGACCUUGUAGAUGAAAACGGGACUACCCCCCUACAUUUGGCCGCUAAAAAUGGACACAUUGAAAUUAUACGACUCCUGCUACAAGCUGGCGUGAACAUCAACCGAAGUACGCUGAAGGGGACAUCACUCCAUGAAGCUGCACUCUGUGGAAAAAUAGAAGUUGUACGACUUUUAUUGGAUUGUGGUAUAGAUGUCAACAAGGCGAAUUCUUACGACCAGACAGCAUUAGACAUCGUCAACUCCUACACUACCUCGAGAGCCGCCAAAGAUCUAAAGCAGAUACUGAAAGAGGCCAGUUUCGCUGUGCAGGCGAGAGCCAUCAAAAACUAUUGUAAUAUUUAUGACCCGAGUACCCUGGCAUUUAAAGAAGGGGAUAUCAUCAAGGUGCUAGAACAGAGAGACGAUGCCUGGAAGGGGGUGGUGAUCAGUGAUGGGCGGAUGGCCAAACCUGGAUACUUCCCUCCAGAUGCUGUAGUCUUAUUGGACAACUCCGCACAUUACCCCAGCCACAUUAUCGAAGGAAAAAGGGUUCAUAUGCCCAGCGUCCCCGACUUACUGAAUCGGAGCCCAGGAUACCUUCAGACCGGCCUAGGGAGCCCCUUUAACUCCGCGACCCUCCCACCCUCGGGGUACCUCCACAGCCCCGGGCACCACCAAUCACAGACCAGCCUCGGCAUGGACCACUCAUUUCCUCCACCCCCAGCCAUGUUCUCACCCAACUCACCCUAUAAAAAAGAUUGGGACGGAGGUAGUGCCUUUACGUUUUCACCACCUCAGACCUACAGACUGUACAACACUUCAUCAGAGAACUUGAAUGGCCGGAUUGUGAACCAUAAUGGUGAACAAGUGGGUGAGUGGUCAUCGCUUCCUGCCUUUGCCAGUGACAUAAGAAAUGCAGGACAUGGAAAAGGAAGCCCGACUAACAGUAAUCGUAACAGCGCGGCCAGCAGCGACAGUGGACGGGGAUAUAGUACAGGACAUUUAGACCACGCCAACGCUAACGUUAAGCCACCGCAUAACUUUGCCAAUGUCCAGAUAAACAACAACAAUCGACUGUCCAGUCAGAGUUACGAGUCUGGGGUGUCGUCGCGACAGAGUUAUCACAGCACGUCCAGUUCCAGCGUGGGCAGUCUCGACCGACUGGAGGAAUCGGGACAAAUGAGCACCAUCAACGUCGCCGAACUGUUCAGGGCAGGCAUGCCUGACCAUGAGGUGAUGAGAGUCUGGCUGAGGGACCUCCGCUUUGAGGAAUAUUGUAUCUUAUUUGUCCAGGCAGGAUAUGACAUGCCUACCAUCUCCCACAUGACACCUCAGGAUUUAUCUGCUAUAGGGAUUACCAAGCCCGGACACAGGAAACGACUGAAGGCAGAAAUAGCUCGGCUGAAUAUUCAUGAUGGGAUCCCGGAUUUCAAACCCGUCGAUAUGAUGGAGUGGCUCCACAUGCUAGGAUUAGAACAGUAUUACAACACCCUGUCACAGCAGGGCUACACUGACCUUGACAAGGUCACGGACAUAACCUGGGAGGACCUGGAGGAAAUAGGCAUCCAGAAACUAGGUCACCAAAAGAAAAUAACUUUGGCUAUAGAGCGUCUGAAAAGAAUCAAUGCCAACAGUAAACGACUUUCUUCAAUGGACAGGAGUGGACACAGUGAAAUAAUAGACCCACCCCCACCCCUGGGCCACACCAGAUGGUCAGGGGAGGAUUACAUCCACGAGAUUCCAUCCUCACCAUUUAAAACAAAGAAAUCUUUCUCUGGGGACAAUUUAAACAGUGACCGUCUCUCACAAAAGAGUGACCGAUUCUCACAGCAUAGUGACAAUAGUCUGGAGUUUGUGUCUCACAGUCCAAACACCAGCUAUCAGCCGGACGUCGUGGCCAUUCAGGUUAAAAGACACGGAUCUCAAUCAGAAUCUCCGAAGGACAUGCCUGGUGCUAGGAUUUCAUCGUUUCAGGGACCGACUUCUGUAAGGGAGGAUCGAGACAGCACCCCCACAGCUGAAGAGGAGAUGGAACAGCAGCCUGCUCCCAUUGUUGCCCCCUCGGUGCCAAAAGCUGUGAUCAAACCAAAGCCAGUAGCCAAGAUCAUUGCCAAAACAAAGCGAAGCAGCAAAGAGACAUCGCCAGAGAUUAUAGACAUUGAGAAAUACGAGGCACAGAAAAAUCACGAAAUGGGGAUGAGUCCUGGAAAAGCCUUCCUUCUCAAUGCAGCGAUGCUGAAGAAGACGGGACAAUCUGAUCACAUCUAUGAUCAACCGAGAAUGCAGAACUCUCCUAAAUCUCCAAAGUCUCCCACACAUUCUCCGAUGUCCCAUCCGUUCCCUGCCAGCACAACAGCACCGGUUUUUGUCUCAGUCUCAAAUCAGAAUGGUUCACAACAGCCACAGAAUUCACCAACUAGUCGGAAAGUUCCCCCUCCUCCACCUCCCAAACGCACUAAUUCAAUCUCCAACAGGCAAGAUACAAACUCAUCCAGGUAUGCUGGAAGUAUUCCCAAGUCUGCCUUACAGAAUAAUGAUCAAAACGCUCAGAAGACUCCAGCGAUGCCUACUGGGAAUUCUUCUCAACAAACUCCCAGAAGGGGGUCCAUAGAAGAUGGUCAGAAACAACUUGCUUUUGCUUCUUGUGUUCAAAGUCUCUCAGUCAAAUUUGGCAGUAAACGAGUGGAGAAGAGUUCAGAGGAUGUGAACAGUUCUGAUGGAGAAGACUUUCCACCUCCCCCUCCUCCAAUAGCCAUGGACAUUAUCACUCCAAAAAUUCAUAACUAUGGAAUCCCCAGCAAGGAUGAUAAAACACCAGGUGAAUUAAGGGGAAUGGGAAAAUUAGGGCAGCCCCCCACCCCCACACCUAAUGAUAAACCAAACUCAUUCACUUAUAAAGCUCCUGUUCUACAAACAGUCAAAGAGAACCCAUCACCUCCCGUAGUCUCCAUGGUGCCAAACUUUACCAAGAAUCCCCCUGUUCUUAAUCAUGUGACUACCACUGCCCAAUCAAAAGACCAAGUUCAAACCUCUCCCAGAGUUCAACAUGUUUCUCAUGAACUCAAAAGAAAAGACUCGACAUCGAGUUCCGAUUCUGUAGUGUCAGCCUCCAGUGUAGACUCGAACACCUUGCCUUUCGCCAAUGAGAAUGUAGGAACAAUAAAACAACGUGCACCUCCAGCCAAGCCCUCCAUAGUGCCAAUCAACGAGAGUCCAGCUCAGGGUAACGGACAGGGAUUCCCCGACCAUCAACGAGUCUUACCCAGUGUUCCACAGAAACCGAGCAUCCCAGCUCACCUCAAGACACCAAACAAAGGACCAAGACCCUCAGUGGCUAUGAAGCCUAAUGCCUCACCACCAGUGCCAACCAAACCAAAAAUUGGUAAGAAGAAGGAUGAAGAUGUGUUGAAUGAUAUAGACAAUAUGUUACAAGGCCUGACAGAGGAAUUAGACGCAAUGUUGGAGGAGGAGCUAGAAAUCGACGAGUGAAUCUGUCACGGUUUAUUGAACAAAGUGGACAGGAAAGAAAACAAGGAUUUCAUUUCGAACAUCUUAUUUAUUAACAAGUUAUAAAAAGAUAUGGGGCUCUUCAAAAACUAUAUAUUAUGCUCUCAUUAUAAGUCAUCUGGAAUUUCAUUUCAAACAUCAUCUCAUCACUACCAGAAUGUCUUCUUUAAUUUCAUUGGCUGGACAUGGUGAGGCUUGUUUAAAAUAGCCAAUCACAAAGCUUCAUUGGAGGAGGUGUGAAUUUCAUCAUGUAUUUUCCUUAGGGAAACAGACUUAAUACUUAUGUGAUGUCAUUCAUAAGGAGAAGUUUAAAAACAAAUAAUUUCAAAGUCAGGAAGCUGUUUAUAUUGUACAGAGCUAAACAUCCCCGUGCUUCUGCGAGUGCUUUGAACCAUUGCAUCAUGUCUUAAUUUAAAAUGUUCUAUUUUAAGUUGUAAACCUAGUCAGUUAUGUCAAUGAGGAAAUGUAUUUAUUGUGCCUGUGAUAACUUCUUGUAUAUUAAGUGUUUAUACUGUGCUAAAGAUCUUUGAAUAUUAGUGUCAAUGUACAUGCCUUAAUUUGCCACAUAAGUAUGACUUUGUUUCAUGUUCCAUAGAAAUUUAGGUCUUUUCUGCAGUUUGGUUAUUUUUUAAAUGCAUUUUGAAUGACAAAUUUUGUCCUUCAAGUAUUUCUUUCAGCAUGUAGUGUCAGGUUUAAUCAUAUGUAUACUUUCAUAUGGGAGACAAAUAAUAAACUAUGCAGUAUUAUCUAUGUACAGUUAAUUGUUACACAUCUACCGGCAUUUCACUGAAUGUCUAAGGCAUAUUUACUCUGGGAAAUAAUGCUAUUGCAGUAAAUGGCACCAUCUAAGAUCUGUUUAUUCCUGUCAUGUUAUUUUUUUCUAAAAAAUGAUUUUCAAAAGGACUUAUAAAAGGGUUAAGUUUCAUUUAAUCCUAUAAAAUAUUAUCUUUCUGUAUUUUGUGAUCUCUCAAUGUUCAGCCAUUUUGCAAUAAGUUCUGACACUGUUUGAUUGUAUGGUUGUGACAUAAUCUUUGGCAUAAUAAUGUUAGUUAUGAUCUUGGAAUGCACAAUGGUUAUAUUCAGUUCUUAUUGAGAAUAGUGGUGGUAAUUUAGCUAUAAGGAAAUUAGAGUGUGUAGUCGCUAUAACGGUCAUUCUAGCCUUAUUUUCGUACACCAAUUCUUUUGAAACAUUUUCAGUUAGUGUAACAGUUACUGCAUAUUCAACAUAAUUCAGGGAACAUGGUUUUUAUGAGCUACUUAAGCUGAACAUUAUAAGUUGAGCACCACUGGUCAGUUUUUAAGAGAUCAUCAGCAAUAAAUAUUUUAAGGGAAUUAUGUCGAAAAAUGACUUCAAAGACACCAGCUUUUGUCACACAACAAAAUAGGUUUUAUAUGAAGAAUAUAAUCAUUUCAUACAAGAACUAAAUAGACAAGUCUGAACUGAAUUAUUGGUUUUUAUUUCGUUACCUUUGUUGUUUACUAAAUAAAAAAAACUUAAAUAUUGUUUUUAUCAAUAUUUUCUAUUUAUACAUGUAUUGAAAUGUUACCUUUUCUGUGCUAUUGCAAGACUACAAUUCAGAUCCUCUUUGGACAUGACAUUAGACAGAUAUUCCUAUUUAUAUAGAUUUUUAACUUACUUCCUACAUUCAUAGUUACUAUGCUGUCAUUAUUUAAGUGCCUGAUAGUAUUUUAUUAUGUUAAGGGGAUAUAAUUCUGGUAGUUUUAAAGAUAAGGGAGAUAAAUGCCAAAAUUGUAAUAUCCCAAUAUUCAGCACCUGGGAGAAUGCUGUGAAGCUAUCAGGAGCAUUUGGAGUUUGUUAUUUUGUGUUAUGUUAUUGUUACUGUCUUAAUACAAAGCUGUACCAAACAUACAGCUCAUCAAAGAUGUAUACAAAUAAAAUAAAUGUCUCAGAA